AUGGACCCACCGAAAGUUCGUUUUGAUCCGGAAGACUUUCUAGCGCCCAGCUAUUGGGAUCGCUUGAAUCGCUCGUCUUCUGAAUACAAAACUCAGCGUGGAACUUUCGCCGGUUUAACAAAUAAAAUGAGGGAAACGAGGAUUGAUGCUAAAGGUCAGAAACGUAAAAUUUGAUUUUUUUGGAAGAAAAAAUUAAUUUUUUGAGGUUUUUAGUUAGAAGCUUUAAUUAAAAGAGGUUUUUACGAUAUUUUUGAAAUUUUUGUUUAAAUUUUUUAAAUAGAUUAGCCCUAGCCUAUAUAUAGAGAUGUGGCUUUAGAAUGGAUCAAAGCCCCUGAAUUUGUUCCAAAAACAAAAUUUAUGAACCCUCAAGUUACAAACGAUACAGGAACUGUCUACUUUAGUAAGUUUAAAAUAUUUUUUUUAAUAAUUUGAAAAUUUUUAGUUUUUUUAUAAAUUUUGUAAUUUAGAUCAACCGUCGAGCUACUUGAACUACGCUACUCCACAUAGCAUGCUGACAACUUCUUUAUCAACACCUCAAUAUGCUUAUGUACAACCGGUUGGUAACAACUAUUCUGCUUUUGUGACUUCAAUCAAUGGUAUGUUUUAUCGUUAAAAUCGUUUUUAGGCUUAGACUUAGCGUUAGACUUAGGUGAAGGCCAUCGAUUCAACUUUAGGCUUAAAUAUAAACUUAAGAAUUCGGAUUUGUUAGGGUUAAGCUUAGAAGCUUAGUCUCAGUAGGCUUAAAAUUUGUAAGAUUAAACAUAAUAAAGUUAGGCUUAAUAAGCUUAGGUUUGAUAGGCUCAGGCUUAGUAAGCUUAGACUUAGUAGACUUAGGCUUAGUAGCCUUAGGCUUAGUAGACUUAGGCUUAGUAGGCUUAGUAACCUUAGGCUUAGUAGGCUUAGGCUUAGUAGGCUUAGGCUUAGUAGGCUUAGGCUUAGUAGGCUUAGGCUUAGUAGACUUAGGCUUAGUAGGCUUAGGCUUAGUAGGCUUAGGCUUAGUAGGCUUAGGCUUAGUAGGCUUAGGCUUAGUAGGCUUAGGCUUAGUAGGCUUAGGCUUAGUAGGCUUAGGCUUAGUAGGCUUAGGCUUAGUAGGCUUAGGCUUAGUAGGUUUAGGCUUAGUAGCCUUAGGUUUAGUAGGCUUAGACUUAGUAGGCUUAGGCUUAGAAAGCUUAAUCUUAGUAAGCUUAGGCUUAGUAGGCUUGUGCAUAGUAGGGCUAGGCUUAUGAUGAUUAAACAGGCUAAGUAAGCUUAUUCUUGUUAUGCCUUAGCUUUGAAUAAUACGUUUUAAAAUAGCCUAAAAUCACUAAAACGUCUCCAAUUUGUAGACAUUUUUGUCUUUUUUCUAACUUUGAAGCAAUUGUUUGAAACAAGCCUAGUUCCGAGAUAGAUGUGUUUGAAAAAGUGCGAUAAUAAUCAUGUUCGAGAUUGAACAAGUCCCUCAUGGCCUUUAAGUUUUUAGGGUCAAACGUUCUUUUUCACACGAAAUGUCUUGACGUUUUUAUUUGAAACUUUAAUAGGCUACUUAUUUUGGGUUGUCUUUGGUGGGUGGCUUACAACAUUGUAUAAACGGGCUUAGCAGUUUUAGGCUGGACGGGUUUGGGUUUAUAUUUGGUAGGCUAAGCUUUGGUUUAAGGCUUUUAUGGCUAGCGCUUUAAGUUUUAGGGUUUUUGGGGCUAGAACUAAAGCUAAAGGUAGAGCUAGAGCUAGAGCUAGAGCUAAUGGACUAAUGUCUUAGCCUUGUAAGGCUAAGGCUAGAUAUUAUGUCAGAGGAACGGAGUGUAUAAUUGAUUUGUUGGGUCGUUUUACAUCGAGGCAAAUAUUACAAAAAUCAUAAAUGUUACAUAAGAAAACGUUACGUAACCUCAUUUUUUGCAAUUUCUCUAAGGCUAUUUAGCUAUAACAUGAUCUUAUGUAACGUCGAAGAUUUUUUGUACAAACAAAACACUCUGAUUUCUAGUAUGAUUAGGUGUUUUUUAAUAAAUGCUUAAAGUUUUACUUAAUAUUGAGCUUUUGUUGUAAAAAUCUAAAAUUUGUUAACAAAUUUUUAAUUUUAGCUGAUUUAAACGGCCAAAUUUCGGCAGUUAUUUUGAAAAAGAAGAGAAGGCGCAGAAGAAGGAAUAAGAACAACACUGGUAGUGUAUACCCUGAAGAAGCAGAAAACGACGUAAGUUUUAAUAUUUCUAAGUACUUGUAGGGUAGGGAAGACUAGGGUAGUUUAGCAAAGGGAAGAUUGGGGUAGUGUAGGGCACGGGAUGUUAUGUUUUUUUAGGGUACAGUGCGCUGGGAUAUGACAGGGUUGGACUAGAAGAUGGAUAGAAGAGGGCUAUCACAGGGCUAAGAUAUUACCAAUAUAGAACUGGGAUAUGAGUAUAGAUGGGCUGACAUAGGGUUAUUAGGUUGUUCACUUAAUUCUGCGUCUUUUUCCAAAGCUAAUUUUUGGGUUACUGGGGCGCAGAAUUAUGUGAACAACCUGAUACUAUAGGGUAGGGAUAUUUUAGUUUUCAGGCAUUUUUUUUGUAAAAUACGUCUUUCUUUUUCUAAGUUCCUUUAUAAUAAUUAAAUAUUUUAGAUUCCAUCUGACCCUGUGUGUUCUAAAGGCUCUUCUAUACUAAAGCCUGCUGACAUUAUAAAAAAGAAACCAAAGAAAAGUUUAAGAAAAUCAAGUUUGUCCAAGUCAUCAUCGCUACCUACGUUAACUAUGGAGGAGUUCAAAGCGAUUCCGGUCAGUUUAUUUGCUGUUUUAGGCUUAUUUUUUGCUUUUUGUGUCAUUUUUAGGCGGAUUAUUGGGUAUUUCUUUUAGAAUUUAAGUUUUGUUGGAUUUUUUAAAGUUUUAGGUUUAUUUUGAGCCAAUUAUUUGAGAUAUAGCGUUCUUCGGGUAUUUGUAUGUUUUAGGCUUACUUUUUGUAUUUUGCUUUAUUUUUAGGCUUACACAUUAUUGUUUGUCUUACUUCUAGGUUUAUUUUUUGGGUGUUUUUAAAGUUUUAGCUAUUACUUCUAGGUAUAGCUUUUUUAGCUUUUAGGCUUACUGUUUUCAACGUUUAGGCUUAUCCUUAUGCGUUUAAAAUUCCCGACUUUAAGGAUUUAACAAAAAGUUUUAACUGUUUUUUAACAAAUUUGAGCAUCUUUAUUUAAAAAGUUACAGUAAUAAGUAAUAGAUACACGUAAUGUUUAGUGUGAUAUGAUGAGAAGCUACUAUAACAUUGUGAUAAGUGACUAA